GCCGCGGAGCGCAGCGGGCGCAUGGCGGGAUGUGGCGGCGGCUGCUCGGGCUGCUGCUCGUCUUUGCGGCCGCCACGGCCGCUCUGUGGCUGCUGUCGGCGCAGCUGGGCGCGGGGCAGGCGCGCAGGCCGCUGCGGUUCCCGUCGGACCUGGAGGAGCUGCGGGAGUUGGCCGAGGCGCUGCGGGACUACGAGCGGCAGCACCGGGGCGCGGCGCUGGCCCUCUUCUGCGCGGCUUACCUCUACAAGCAGAGCUUCGCCAUCCCCGGCUCCAGCCUCCUGAACGUCCUGGCAGGAGCGCUCUUUGGGCCGUGGACUGGGCUGGUGCUGUGCUCGGCCCUAACGUCUGUGGGAGCGACCCUCUGCUACCUGCUGUCUGCCGCCUUUGGAAAGCAGUUUGUCGUCAGCUACUUCCCUGAUAAAGUGGCUCUGCUGCAAAGAAAGGUAGAAGAGAACAGGAGCUGCUUACUUUUCUUCUUGUUGUUCCUGAGGCUGUUUCCUAUGACGCCAAACUGGUUUCUGAAUCUCUCAGCUCCUAUUUUAAACAUCCCCAUCUCCCAGUUCUUCUUCUCUGUUCUCAUAGGUCUUACACCCUAUAAUUUCAUCUGUGUGCAGACAGGAGCCAUUCUGUCACAAAUCACCUCUUUGGAUGCUAUCUUCUCCUGGGACACGCUGCUCAAACUGCUUGCAAUGGCUGUGGCAGCAUUGAUACCAGGGACCCUCAUCAAGAAAUACAGCAAGAAGCACUUAAAGCUGGAUGGAGACAAGCACACUCAGUUACUCAAUGGCAAAAAGAGCUCGUGAGGACUCAGGUGCUGUUCCAGCAGGUUCCAUUCUGCAUGCUCUGUGCCACUGUGGACCAAGAACCACGACAAGUGCAGUUUUUAAUGAUCCUUCUCAUCUCUGAGGAGUGUAAAGAUCUGAUUUGUAAUGAAUGUUUUGACUGUGCAGGUGUCUGCACAGAGAGCACUA